CAAGGGUACCAGGAGAAGACUGUGGUCUGCGUGCUGUAUAACCAUGUUUCCUCUAAUGAAAUCUGCUUUGGCUCUUACUGGUCGUGGCAUCCAAAGAACUGUCUCCAGACAAGCACACCAUAAAGCAGGACCAGACUUCCAUGACCGAUAUGGCAACAUAAUUUUGCUUUCCGGAGCUGUUUUCUGUUCUGCAAUUUGGAGCUACGUUAUUACACAGACUGGCAUAGCCUGGAAUUUGUCCCCCGUUGGCAAAAUCACUCCUAAAGAAUGGAAGGACCAGUAAUUCUGAUGCAGCUGCUUGGAAAUACCCCAGUUCUUUUUAUGUGUUUAUCCUGUGUAUAAAACAUUCUGUACCAAAUCUUGCAAAAGAACCUGUUUCUGCUGUAAUAAAAUACAGGCCUAAUAUA